AAUAAUGGAGUCACAUCAUGCUGCAGCUCUCAGUGUUUUCAGCUGAGCUCUCUGCCCAGCUCUCAUCGGGCUGGAGCUCAUUUAAACUGGGGAACUGUAAUUUUCUGUAAACUCUCACAAGGACUUCUUUCAUAUAUUUUUCUGCGUCAUGUCUUCUUAUGACGUCUGACUUUUUUCCGUGUUUUGAUGUUGAUGUGAGGGGGAUUAACAGGCCCACCAUGGUUUUCCCAACAUAAAUCAACAGUUUUUCCUACAUUUUAGCGCAGGCUGCUUUCUGUUUACCUAUAACACGGGAUGAGAGGACCUCAUUGGGCUUUUUUUUAAGCAGUAACUGCACUUUGUGACAGCGGGCAUGGGCCAGAUUUUCGCCUCACAGAUGGGUCUUUGGGAGGAAAAAGCUCUGGAGCUGAGCUGCUUCACUUAAAGAGAGCAGGUCCGGUUUUGGUUUGGAGGAUUUGCGACAUGGGCUGAGCUCCUGUGAUGACUUCUUUCUCAUGAAAGCUUAUCAGUUAUCCGAGGAUGGACGAAGGGAAACGGAGUCGAAAAAAACUUAUUGGUUAGACCUUAGUUUAAUAUUUUUACCUCACGCGGAAAGCGCGCGCACUAGCGCGAGACAUCACCGGAGUUUGUGAGCGCAGCAGACUCAAGUUUAAGCUAAAUUUUCUGACUCUAAAUUUGAAGUUUUAAAGUGGAAUUUGGUUGGGCGUGAGUAUAUGAUUCUGUCUUCAUUUUUAUUACAAUUUCGAUGUAAUGAGUCGUGAAGUUAUGUCGAGUUUCCAAAGAUAAAAUGACAAUGCGUCUUUGUGUCUGGUGUUAAAAUAUGCAGGCGCGUGUCUGAGUAGUUACAUAAUUUCUUUAGCAGAUUAAAUGUAGUCAGCAGAUGUGGUUUUAUCCUUUGCACAGAAAUUAGCUUAGACCAAAGUAGCCUUCUCGGGACUGGAAAUUCUCUAGUUUUUGUUUGUUUUUACAUAUAAAGGAGAUUCAAACCCUCAGUUUGAAAUAUUACACCACUUUCUGUAAACUGAGACUCUUUAGUGAAGUCCAACCACCAGAGUGAUUUCCACCUCGGUAGUUUUGGGAAGCAUCCCCGUCCUUCUGGUCUCCUCACCGGACAAUGUUGCUUUUGCGUCUCGCGCUGCUACUCUUCCUCCUCCGGUUCUCCGGUGUGCUGCUGGUGGAGGGGCUCAACACGUGCCAGUCCAUCAACCUGGACAAGCAGAAGUCCCGGCGCAUCGAGGCGGUCCGCGGACAGAUCCUCAGCAAGCUCCGCAUCCGCAGCCCUCCAGACGAGGACGACGAGGAGCAGCAGCAGCAGCAGCAGCAGCCGCGCCCGGUACCCCCGGAGGUCAUGCUGCUCUACAACAGCACGCGGGAGCUGCUGAAGGAGCGCGCGCGUCUGGCCGAGUCCGCGUGCGAGCGCGAGAGCAGCGAGGAGGAUUAUUAUGCCAAAGAGGUGCAGAGGAUUGACAUGCUGCCCCCCCGCACAGACACAAAUGCAGUCCAGCCGUCGGCCCCCAACCCCCACUACAGAGUUGUCCACUUUGAUGUCAGCGGAGUGGACCUGACCAACAGCACCCUGGUCAAAGCCGAGUUCAGGAUCUUCAGAGCUCCCAACCCGCAGGCCCGAGCCUCAGAGCAGAGGGUGGAGAUCUACCAGCUCCUGAAGCCUGAUGAAGAGAGCACCUCCACUCAGCGCUACAUCGACUCCCGCACCGUUCAGCCCAAAGCAAAGGGAACUUGGAUUUCCGUGGAGGUCACUGAGACCAUAAAGGACUGGGUGUCAGAUCCAGAGAGUAACCUCGGCCUGAAGUUGGGCGUCCACUGUCCCUGUUGCACCUUUGUCCCAUCCACUAACAACAUUGUUCCCAACAAGAGUGAGGAGCUGGAGGCUCUCUUUGCAGGUGUGGAUGAUGAGCAGCUCCGUCAGAUCAGAAAGCCCGGUCAGGUAAAAGGUCAGUCAGACUUCAGCACCAAGACGCCUCAUCUCAUCCUCACUGUGCUGCCUAGCGACCGAGUGGACAACCCUGCCAAGAAGAACCGCAAGAAGAGGGCGGCUGCCACCGAUGCCUCAACCUGCUCCCGCGGCUCAGACCACGGCUGCUGCCUUCGCUCUCUUUACAUCGACUUCAGGAGAGAUCUUAACUGGAAGUGGAUCCAUGAACCCAAAGGUUAUAAAGCCAACUUCUGUGCAGGAAGCUGCCCAUACCUCUGGAGCGCCAACAACCACUAUAACAUGAUCCUGCCCCUCUACAACAAGCUGAACCCUGAGGCCUCAGCCACCCCUUGCUGUGUCCCCCAGGACCUGGAACCCCUCACUAUUAUGUACUUCAUUGGCCGCACGCCACGUGUUGAGCAACUUUCCAAUAUGGUUGUCAAAUCCUGCAAAUGCCGUUAGACUCAGAGGAAGAUGUGAAGGGAAGUGCAGAGGAGGAGAAACCAAGAACUCUAAAACUUUAUUCGGGAGUGGGAUGAAAACUACAGGACACAUGGACCCUCUGCUCAGUAAUCUUUGCAGUCUCAUCACCUUUAGCAGACUUAUAAGGUCUUUUAUUUUUUCUUAUUUGCUUCCAGACUCGAAUAUCAGAUUUUUGGCAUGAAACCUUCUUCAACUCUGGAACUCUCCAUCUGACAUAGGACACUGUAAAUAAGACAACAUGGCUGUAUUAAACCUGUUCUGUAUAUUAAAGAGGGUGCUGUGUGAUUGGGCCACUUUUCUUUGAAUGAAAAGGAUUUUUUUUAUCAGGAUUUUUGAUGAACACAGGUCAUAUAUUCCUGCGGCUGUAGGCAGCAGAGCGAGCGAGACUUAUUUGCUUUAGGUUUGAAGGUGUUGAUAGGAUGGAGGCGGUGUGGAAAGGUUUUCACAGACUGAGAUCUUUUUGGGUGAGGGAGGUAGGGAGCAGAUAGAAAAGAGAGAGGGAGAGAGAGAGAGAGAGAGAGAGGGAGGCUGUGUCCAGGCUGAGGCCCUGCCAGCUCUCUGCGGUCCCGGGCUGAAAUCUGCCCGGCGUAAACAGGAUGUGAAAGAUUUCCAGACACCGACCCGACCACUCACGGAAUGCUAGAUUUAAACGCUCCCCUCAUCUCUUCUGUCUCUCUCUCGCUCUCUCUCUCAGUCGAGGUUCUGGGAUUUGCGGUGGGAGGAGAGAGGGAGAAAAAAGAGACUUUGAAAUGAGACAUGGGAUGAUAGGGCUGCAUUUGGAAUGGCUACAACUUUGGAAGGUGGUAUUUUGCAGCCUUAGCAAAUUUGUAACUAUUUGGGUCUGACUCAAACGUUCAGUAAUCUCAAUCCUGUGCUCCUUUUCUCAACGUGCAUUUGUUAUCUUAUUGUUAAAAGCUGUUGACUCAUUGCUAUUUCUACACCCUGAUUAUAUUUGUGCCAUACCUGUGUUUGACCAUCAGCCUGAUUCACAGUUUUUCUCUACACCCAAGAGUCCACAUUGACCACUUUUGAUAGAAUGUCUAAAUGCUGAAAAUAAAAAAAACACAUCUCCAGGGCUCAUUUUAAAUAUAGGCUCUCUGGUAUGCCAGUGGUUUGCGCGUGUGCGUCUGUGUGUGAGAGAGAGAGUGACUUGCUGUGUGUGUGUUGGCGAGGUCAUGUGUGAUAGCAUAGAAAUUAUUCCCUGGCUUUUAUUGUGAAAGGUUAUGCGAUUGUGACAGGGCACGUUCUCUGUGUGACCCCGUUGGUUGUGGACGUGGAUUUAUGUUUUUUCUUGUGUGCUUGCAUGU